UGUGUGUGUGUGUGAGAGAGAGUGUGUGAGUUACAUUGUCUUGUUUCCAGCACUACUGUGACGAAGUGUGUUAAGAGAUCAGAGAACGGUCUCUCGUUCUCUCUCUCUCUCUCUCUCUUUCUCUCUCUCGUUCUCUGUCUCAGAAACAAACAGAGGUGAGAUCAGAGGGCUGAGAGCGACAGCGGCCCACCACCACUGUGACGAAACUCCCUAUCACACACACACACACACACACAGCGAAGACACUCCACCAGAGCCAUGCCAUACGUUCAGCGGGCUGCCAUAGCUUUUAUCUCCGUGGACGGCUGAACGGUCGUGUCCGAUUAUAAUCAUAAGGACCGCCGAUAUACAAGUUCUCCCCCUCCCUCCAGAGGAACCAUCAUGUCUGCACCUCUUCAUCUUAACCACUAGAGGUCCCUCUAUCCCAGCGCACAACACACACCGAAAGACCCGAGACCGUCCCCAUGGCUGACAGAGACCGCCCCCAUGGUGAACAGAGACCGCCUCCAUGGCCACCGGAGACCAUUCCCAUGGUGACCAGAACGCAGCUCCAGCCCGCGAGCCCCCAUAAUUAUCAGGAUCUGUUGCUCCAGCAUCAUGCCCACCUCUCCCGUCACUUCCACCCCAGCAUUGGGAGCCCCGGUUUGGGCCGUGCAACCUGCCAUUACCCCCCAGAGCCCCAGGCAUCCCUGGAGCCUUUUGAAGGAGCAGCUGGGACUGGCCACCCCGAUUCAAGCCCCUAUUCUGGGGGCAGCAAAGAUAGUUACAUGGGUGGGGAGGUUGAAAGAGGAGGUUUUGUAGACACCAUCGGCUAUGACGUAGCCAUGGCUAAUAACUACAAUGGUUUCAAUGGUAGAGGCAGUGACCUUGUAGCCCAGAAAGCUAACUAUGGCACUAGGAGGAUGGAGGAUGAUGGGUUGGGCUUAGGGGAUGAUAGUGGGAGUGGUCAUGCGGAACAACAGAAAGCAGUCUAUGGUAGGCCCAGUAGUGGGAGAAUGGAUGACGGUUUGGGUGUGAGGGAUAAUUUCGGAGGUGGUGACAACAAUGGGGAUUUUGAAGGUCAGAGUCUUUGCUUUGACGCCCAGAGGGAUGAGUGCUGCGAUGGUGAUGACAGCAGUGCUGGAGGUAGUGGUGGUGAUUUGUACCGCAGAACCGACGACAGCCAAAACAGGGAUGACGUCUUUCACAGAAUGGACGACGUUUCUAGAGGGGAUAAUGUAUUUUAUGGUAACAGGUGUGAGGAGAAAACAGAUAAGGGCUCCGAUAGAGAUUAUCUAUUUCACAGAACAGAUGACGGCCGUGACAGGGAGGAUGUCUUCUACAGCAGGGAAUAUGAGGAUACUGGAGAUGGUUUAAGUGGUUAUUUUAAAGGCACCACCAGCCAUGUUGAUAGAGAUGAUCAUCUCUAUAAUGGAUGCACUAACUCUGCCAAUAAAGUGGAGUCUUUUAGUAGGGAUGAGAGUUUAAGAACGGACGAUUUGGGAAGUGAGGAUGAUUUCAGGGGCAACGGCACAGCAAAGAAAGAUAGCUUGAGAAAGAUAAUUGAUUUUAGAGGGUGUGAGGAAUUUGCUGAUAGAAGGAUCAGACUGGCUUCUCCAGAGGCCCAGAUGAAGCCUGGGUGUUGGGUGAGUCCCUCGCCCCCAGAUCAGGAUGCCAUAGUUGGGGUGGGCAGUGAGAGAGCUGGUGGGUACCGACAGGACUGGGCCUCAACGCACUCCUACUCCCAGACAGUAGGUGGGGCAAGUGGUGGUCGUGGGUACCAGCAGAAACUUGACUCCUUUUCGGAGGCAUUCUGCUUCAGACGCAACAUCGCCAGUAAAAUCAUUUCAAAUGGGAGUUCCGGAAUGGUGAACCUUGGAUUCGCAGCGCAGCCGAGCACACUGUGGAUAAAAAACAACAAUUACGAUUUGCUCACGGACUCUUCCACCAUCCCUUCUCCUCCUCCCCCUCAUCCCUUCCCCCUAGUUCUCAGUCCUCCUCCCACACCCCUGCCCGCUCCCUCCCUCUCCCCUCCAAAACUCACCCCACCCCCAUCUCUCGGAAGCUCUGGACUCCCCCAGUCCUCUGGGGGUGGCGGCGUUGGAACGGUCCAGUUCUACCCUCCCUCCCUCCAACAGAUCCACUCCUCACACCCCUCUGCCCACAUGUGGAAACUCCCACUUUCUCAUUGGCUGCAGCAGUCAGGUGACGUCGGCGUUCUAGAGGGCAAUGUAAACUUUGACCCCUUGAGCUCCAACUAUGUGUCCUGUGAGGAGGCAGAGAUAAUUGGGAGACCGGGAAAGACUCUGCACCACGGUCUCGAGACUCUGGCGGAAGCCUCUGUCAUCCCCUGUUCCCCCCUCCAGCCCUCCUCUCCAUCCCGGCCCCCCAGUGGCCCCCAGCCGAACGGUGUACUUCCUCUAGUGUUGUAUCGAGGAACUCCUUACCCCAGUCCGCUCCUGUCCCAGAGGCGGAGAGGGCAGAGUGGGGCGGAGUGGUUUGGGAGGGGUGCCCACUACACCCCUCUCCCAAUGCUAAACCCUCAACGCAGGAGCACUGGGCUCCUCUCCUCCCUCCUUGCUCCUUCUGGGAGACGAGGCAUGGAAGGGACAGACGAAGAGGAGGGGUGUCCUAUUCUUCCCUGCAUUAACGUGGGUCCAGGAUUCCAGGCUGAGUUGCCAUCCUGUCAAAGGAGGAGGGAGGGAUCAGGGGCGUGGCUGGAUGAAUCUUCACCCAAUGAGGAGUUAAUGUGGAAGCCAUGGGAGGGCCUUGAGAAGAGUUCUGUUAUUCAGAAGCAAGCAGAGGCUGUGUUGUCGGUAUGCAGUUCCAGCUGUCUUCCUGGAGGUGGCAGCAACACGGAACUGGCCCUUCACUGUCUCUAUCGCUGCCAUGGAGACGUACUGGCCACACUGGAGAAGCUGCUCUUCUCUAACCCAUCAUCUGCGGGAGACUACAAUUACGCUGGAAGUGAUGUAUGGUCGCAGACUGAGAGGUCUCUGUUCAGUAAAGCAUUCACGACCCAUGGCAAAGACUUCAACCUCAUUCAGCGAAUGGUGCAGACUAAGUGUGUGUCUCAAUGUGUCGAGUUCUACUACCUCUCCAAGAGACUAGGGGACAAGCAGAGGAAACAGAGGGAGGAGGAACAAGGGAUGGAGGGACAGAGAAGUGUGGUCUCUCUCUCUAAUUCAAUGGAGGGGAUGGUUCCAGCUCCGUCACUGGCUAUGAACUUCCCUUGUAAGCAGUGUGGAAAGAUGUUCUACAAGAUAAAGAGUCGCAACGCCCACAUGAAGAUCCAUAGGCAGCAGCAGGACGACUGGAGAAACCCUGGCCAUGGGCACAACCUAGCCAUGAACCUCCCCUCCAAUCGGGGCACCAAUCUACCCCAUCCCCUGGCUUCAGGCCUGGCCUACCUUCCAGGCCCCAUCACCACCACCAACAACAACAGCCAGCAGGGUGGUCACACUGUUGUCAACAACAAGAGCUUCCUGAGCAUCCCCAGCACCAACAUCGUAACCAAUAGCAACAGUGUCACUCUCAUUGACUCCACCCCUAUCCAGAGAGGGCCUGCCCCCCUUCUUUCUCUCCACCAAUCCUGGAAUUUGUUUCACGGGAACUCUGACCCUGCACAGGUGUUCUACUAUGACCCAGAAGUGUAAGGGGCCCUGGGGGUCAGAGGGGGAGGGGUUAAAUAUUGCUGCAGUAGCAUUUUAGAAUUAGAAAGAAUAGAACCGAUUGAUCUGGAAUUCUAAUGCUGUGUUUCAAACUAUUUUUGUUUUUUAAAAGGCAUUUGAUGAAGACAUGAAGAUGUGUACAGUUUUUGUAUCAAGCAGGCUAUUUAAAUGCUUUGAAGUU